AUGGAAAGGCUGUUUCGGACAUCUCUUCUUCCACUCCAGCUUGGAGUUGGGGGGAACUCAUGUUCCCUGAAGAAUGAGGAUGUUGAUAAGUUCUGUUCCUCUGUUUCAGCAGAUGUGAAGAAACUUCAGCAAUCUUUAGCUACUGGGGCUGUCUCUCUUCGGUGGUCCAUGGAAGCCAUGAGUGUCUUGAAGAAGAUACAUAUCGAGCUGCUUCUGCUCAUCGAGAGAUCCAGACUACCCAUCUCACUGGAUGGUGAAGAUUGGUUGGAUCAAUACAUGAAGGUGACUGUAAUGCUGUUAGACUUCUGUAACUUGUUGAAAUCAGCAAUCUCUGGGAUCAAUAGGUACAGAAUGAUGGUUGAUUUCACAGUCAGAAAAUUGUGUGAUUGUGAUUCUGGUGUUGCAAUUAAUAGAAUUGAAGUUGAAAGAUUGGAAAGAGAUAGUAAGAAACUUUAUGGUAAUGAGAAGCCAAGAGAUGUGAGAUUGGAUGAAUUGGUAGUACCCAAAUACAAAUUUAAGCGUAAGAAUGGUGCAAAUCCUGUUAUAUUUGCUGCCAAGAGUGCCAUGAUCGUAAUAUCUUUGCUUCUUGUUUCUGCAAUUGUCACCCCAGUUUUAAUCAACAUGGAUGAGGGAGUUCCUAAUGAAAUUUCUCAAUUGAAGUCAUUGAUGCAGUCGAUUAAGACACUGGUGUCAUGUUUCCAUGAGAUGAUUCCGAAGCCCGGGGAGGAUCCAAGGCUGGUUUUGGCUGAGAAUGUGAUGAUUGAAAGCGUGGUUGCUGAUCUCAAAGCUCAAGUUGCAGAGGGAGUUGUCGAGGAUGGGGAUAAGUUUUUGAAGGGUGUUGAUUUGCUGAAGAAAAGAUCUUCAGCUCUCAAGGAGGGCAUUGACAUGUUUGAUUCUAUAGUAAGUGAUGUGUUUGAGGAGGUCAUCAAAGGAAGGAAUAAGGUUUUGGGAAUGCUUAAUCCUAGUAAGGAAACUUAG